AUGGUGGAUUUGUACACACAUCUGCCUACGUCUUUUAUAUCAUCUGAUCAUGUCAAGAAAAUGGUCCAAGGCUGCGAUGCUCUUCAUCGUGUCAAACAAUUUCUGGAGGAGAAUUUUUCUAAAGAUGAAUUUAGCUCCAUGUUUGAUAGCUUCAACAAAAUCAAUAGUCUUGAUUUCUUUCAUACUCUACGGUUACUUCCCAGCCGUUUUGGGGUUCCAGCCACGUUGGAAGAUGAGGAAAUAAGGAAAUUUUGCUUGACGAAUGCACACAUCAUCUUCUGUACUGCCUCGGGUGCUGCAGAAAUGACCGCGGAAAGGACAGGACCCGUAGAACUGCUUGUAGUUGAUGAGGCAGCUCAGCUGAAGGAGUGUGAAUCAGCUGCGGCUUUGCAACUUCAGGGCCUGCACCAUGCUGUUUUAAUAGGUGAUGAGCUUCAACUACCAGCAAUGGUGCAAAGCCAGGUAUGUGAGGAAGCCAAAUUUGGGAGAAGCUUGUUUGAGAGAUUGGUUUUGCUUGGCCAUAACAAACAUUUGCUUGAUGUUCAAUACCGUAUGCAUCCCUCAAUAAGUCUUUUCCCCAACAUAGAGUUUUAUGAUGGGAAGAUCUCUGAUGCUCCGAUUGUUAAAGAAAGCAACUACCAAAAGAGGUUUCUUGAAGGAAACAUGUUUGGUUCUUUCUCGUUUAUCAACGUGGGACUUGGGAAAGAGGAGUUUGGUGAUGGACAUAGUCCCAAAAACAUCGUUGAAGUUGCUGUGGUUUCUGAACUCAUUUCCCAACUUUAUAAAGUGUCAUGUGAGACAAAGACAAAGAUGAGCGUUGGGGUUAUUUCACCUUAUAAAGGUCAAAUAAGAGCAAUCCAAGAGAGGACCGGAGACGAGUACACUUCUUUACUUGGUGAUGAGCUUUUCACUUUGAAUGUUCGGUCGGUUGAUGGGUUCCAAGGAGGAGAAGAAGAUGUCAUUAUCAUAUCCACAGUCAGAAGUAACGGCACGGGAAAAGUAGGGUUUCUCAGUAACCGUCAGAGAGCCAACGUGGCACUCACUCGUGCAAGGCAUUGUUUAUGGGUGAUUGGGAACGAGACAACUCUGGGGUUGAGUGAUUCGAUUUGGACAAAGCUGAUAAGGGACUCGAAGAGGCGUGGAUUUUUCUAUGAUGCUGUUAAUGACAAGAACCUAAGAGAAGUCAUGAAUGAUGCUCUGCUUGAGGUCGACAUGUCUGAUGUGUUUUCGAGUUUUCAAUCUCUUUCUAUUAGGAAAGGUAGAAGAAAUGCAUGGUAG